AUGUCGUCAACAUAUAGUUCAAGUAUCCAUACCACAGGUUCCAUGCAAGAAGAUGAAGACCCUCCAUCCUACCGAUGGGCUAUCCAAAGUGGAGCGUUCCUUAUGAAUAUGGGAGCUGUGAUGGGAGUCGCUUCAGAGGAGAAUGUUUGUGGUGUUGUGCCUUAUAUAUGUCCCUCUGGAUGGACAAUCAACGCUGGUCCAAAGUCUAGAAGAGCGAACCUUAACUACCAUAAAUCCAAAACAUAUUUAUCCAACAAAUUUGGCCAAUUUAAGAAAAUUAUAAGAGGUGUUAACAUGAAGAAAAGUUCAAGAAAGCACAAAAAUAGUACUAAGAUAAAAGAAAUUGAUUCGAAUCAGAAUCAAAAUGCAAUGUGGCCAAGAAAUGUUCCUAGAGACCAAUCAAGAAGAACUCGGGAUAAUUUAAAAAGUAUUCGUGACAGAACAUCACAAAGUGUAACCAAUCAUUCACAUAAAUCAAAAGAAUAUAUGAAAGAGAAGGUAGGUCAACUAUCGAAUAGUACUUCUAGCUGUUCGCAAUAUAUCAAGAAGUACACAAGUAGAUUGAAGGAAUCAUGCGAAUUGUUUUUCAAAGAAUAUGAGAAAGUCUUUAAUACUUUCAUUAUUUUUACUGUUAUCGUAUUGGGGGGGGUUAAUAUUUACAUGUUUGCAGGUACCUUUCCAUUCAUGCUUUACAUGUAUAUUCUUAGCAUGUAA